AUGCAUGAGAUGGGAGCGGGCCAUCAUCACGACGUUCUGAACGACAUCCACAACUAUUGGAACUGGCAGAAAGUGGAGAACGUUGGGACUUUUCUCACACGCAAACUCGGUGAGGGUUUCAAGGGGCAGGAAUGCAAGGCUCAGCUGUACGAUGCUUUGACCGAAGUUGCUGGCUCAGAGAAAGUUGCGAGGUGGGAGGCCAUGGAUGUGAACCCCAAGCAGAAAGGAAAACAAGUAGAGAGCAUCUACACAUUGAACGAUGCAAAAAUUCCGAGUGCCGGUCGCGCAUAUCAAGAGUUAGCUAAGAUUGAGGUGCAGCCUGAGGAACACCAGAUGGAUCUCACGGUGAGCAAGGCCCCAUUGGGUGCUGCGCAGUUCCUGAAAACUGCUCUGCAGCUGGAACAGAGGCAGCUGGUGUUGCAGGCACAGUUGGGAAGGCACAAUGAUGGUGACGAUAUAUCUGCCACCGAGUCCACGAGCCUGAAAUCUGAAUGCUGUGGCUUGUGA